GCCUGAAGUUUGCUCCCGUAUAAAUAUCCGCGGCAGCAGAGAGCAGAGAGGGACACUCUGGAUCCGGCAGCUGAGGGAUGAAAGCCAUGGACGGACCUCCACCUCUCCUCCUCCUGCUGUGUCUCCUCCAUUUCAGCCUGACUGGCGCGUUGAGCAAACACACAGAUAAUAGAAACCUGUUCACGCAGAGAAUGUGUUGCAAGAGACAGAGUCACUUUGUGUAUAUUGGACAAGAUAUAUCUGGGAGUCCGGUCAGCGUCGACGUGGGAGUGUGCAGAUCGCACUGCGGCAGGACGAGGACGGGUCCGUCCCCCGAAGCAGGGCAGGAGGAUUACUCCAAACACACCUCCAUGCUGGAGUUUCUCAGGAGCAAAAAAACGAGGAUGCGCAGACCGGCCGCCCCGUCCGGCCUGGAGCCGCCGAACCAGCUGCCGUCGUGCGGGGCCAGCCAGGUGUGCGAGCCGGCCGGGAUGCGGGUGGAGCGGGUGCUGCUGUUCGAGGGGCCCCGCCAGGUGGAGGUCAUCCAGGAGUGCCAGUGCGAGAUCAAGCUGACCCAGUGCAUGCGCGUCCCCGCGCUGAGGACCUACUACGCCAAGACGCCGUACGAGACGGUCAUCGACGCCGGGGGAUGCUCCCGGUCCAAAGGACCCCCGGAGGGAUUCUCCUGCGUCCCCACCAAGUUCGACUCGGCCUUGAUACAAACCCCAAACAAAGUGGAGCUGAUUCAGACGGUGCUGGCCUGCGAGCUGAAGGAAAGCUGCUCCAGGGUCAAGCACGUGGACUACUACUACCAAACAGUCCAGCACGCCGACGGCGUCGCAGAGAAGAGGCUCAAAGAAAUAGAUGUGGGCAGAUGUGUGGGAAGCUGCACUGCAGGAAAGCGAUGCCUUCUCAGGAGUCCAACCAAUCCAGAAAUAUGCUACUUGUGGUCAGAAGGACAGUCCAGCUCCUGUGUGCCUCAGGACUAUGAGAGCCACAGCUUCCAGGACCAGCAGGGACAGACCAGGACGGUCCUCUCCAUCACAUCCUGCUCUUGUCAAAGCUAAACAUUUAAUUCACCCAUAAAGUACUGAU